AUUUUUAUUGGUUGCAAGAAAAAAGAAAGGAAGUGUUUAGUUCACUCCGGAGUUUAACUGGAAGAGAAACGAAAAUAAAACUAUUUGCACAAACAAACUGCUACAAAGUAUCUAUACGAAAAACAAAGUAACUCGUUUAUAAUAAUGUCUGGCUCAUCAUUUAACAGAGGUCCUGCUUAUGGGUUUUCUGCAGAAGUCAAAAGCAAGAUUGCCGGAAAGUACGACCCUCAGAGAGAGGAGGAGCUAAAGGUCUGGAUCGAGGAUACGACCGGAUGUGACAUUGGGGAAGACUUCCAGAAAGGCCUGAAAAAUGGCGUCAUCUUGUGCAAACUGAUCAACAAACUUCAACCUGGCUCUGUGAAAAAGAUCAACUCGUCCACCAUGAACUGGCAUCAGCUGGAGAACAUCACCAACUUCAUCAAAUCUAUCCAAAUGUACGGCCUGAAGCCCCAUGAUAUCUUUGAGGCCAACGAUCUGUUUGAGAGUGGGAACAUGACCCAGGUCCAGAGCACACUGCUGUCUCUCGCUGGCACGGCCAAGACCAAGGGCUGCCAGUCCCGAGUGGACAUUGGGGUGAAGUACGCAGACAAACAGGAGAGGCUAUUCGACGAGGAGAAGAUGAAGGCCGGACAGUGUGUCAUCGGACUGCAGAUGGGGACGAAUAAGUGUGCCAGCCAGGCGGGCAUGAAUGCAUACGGCACCAGGAGGCACCUCUACGAUCCCAAGGCUCACAUCCUGCCCCCCAUGGACAAUUCCACCAUCAGUCUGCAAAUGGGCACCAACAAGGGGGCCAGUCAGGCUGGCAUGACAGCUCCAGGAACCCGCCGUGCCAUCUAUGACCAGAAGCUGGGCACAGACAAAUGUGACAACAGCACCAUGUCACUGCAGAUGGGCUCCAACGCAGGCGCCAAUCAGAGCGGGCAGAACUUUGGCCUGGGUCGUCAGAUCUACAAUGCUAAGUACUGCCCCAAGAACGAGGAGGAGCAGAAUGGGGCCGGAGCCGAAUAUGUCCCUGACUACCAAGACGAGGGUUACCAAGAAUACAAAGAUGAAGCGGUGCCGGUGUACCAGCAAGAGGGGACAGAUUAUUAAAAGGGGGGUUGUGCUGGUUGAAAACAGAAGAAACAUCAAGAAAGGGUUUUUCAAAGUUAUUUGUUACAUAGGAUUUUCCGUCUUUUGGUUGAUCUCCUUUUGGUAUUGGACAAUAGUGCCCUCUUGCCCUCAUUUAAGCGCCGUUUAGGACCAAUGUUAGACAUAUCUCACAUGUACUAUGCGUUAGUAGGUUUUUAUAUUCCUGUUGAAAUAGCUAUGCUUAUGUGUUUUUAAAGUGUAACCACUAAAGCCAGUACUGGUGUCUGGGCUGUGAUUAGCUUUUAUAUCCCAGUAAUUAGCUUUUAGUAAAGUACCAAAGCCCUCUUGCCAGUUUCCCCAUCGACAACUGUUUGCCAACUAAUGUAAAUUGGUACAUUUAAACGUUUAUGCCAAUUUAUUUUUUUAUCUUCAGGCAAAUAUUGCCUGGAAUCCAUCUUCGAAAGGACCCAAUAGAAUUCAAUUAUUAAAAAUCCUCAGUUCAAAAAUGGACUGUUCCAUAGUUGUAAUUUACCUAUCCUUGUACCAAAGGUCAUAUUGUUAAUGUAACCUAUAUACAUUUAUAUUACCAUAAUUGAUGUGAAUAAGAAUGUGAAUUUGUGGUAAUUGUUUGUAUCCAUUCAGUAUUUUUACAUGGUAAUAUAUAAGACAACAAGAUGUAUCUGUUUGGACCUUGGAAACAAACCACCGUCCACUUUUUUAUGUAUGCCAACUGUAUACUUUCUUUGGAGGAAAUAUUUCCUUUGUUUGCAUAACCAGAACAACUGGAGCCAAGGUUUUCUUUGGCUUAGAGCACAGGUGUCAAACUCAUUCCACGGGGGGCCGAGUGUCUGCGGGUUUUCGCUCCUCCCUUGUACUUGAUUGAUGAAUUAACAUCACUAAUUAGUUAGGAACUCCCCACACCUGGUUGUCUAGGGCUUUAUUGAAAGGAAAAACCAAAAACCUGCAGACACUAGGCCCUCCGUGGAAUGAGUUUGACACCCCUGGCUUAGAGUAUCUUGAAAAAAAACAUUCAGGCUUUCAACAUUCCAAGCUGGAUACUGGAUUCAUUUUGUCAAUUUUCUUCAUUGUGUAAUGUUUUAAUGGAUUCACUGAUGACUGAUAAGAGGACCAAACAUAUUUUUGAUUUUGAACUCGGUCAUUCAAAGUGAUUAUUUAUAUAUAGUUUUGUUAAGUGUUUUUGUUUUGUACCGACUCUGAAGGGAAAUUUGCUCUUACUACCUUUUUGGUUUUAUAUAUAUUCCUUGGGCUUUCCUUUCGAUCCAUAUUUUCAUUAUGGAUAGAAACAUUUAUAGAAGUUGGGAAAUAUGUGUGAAUAAAGUGUAAUAAAGACGUACAUUGUAUACAAA